CAACGGUGACAAUCUUUGUAGCCAUCAAGCCUAAAGACUCCUGAGAGGGCGUGCAUAAGCAGCCAGCUAAGCCUAAAGAGGGGCAGUGACGCAGCCGUAACCGGGCCGAGAAAUUUCCGGCGGCGGCCGUUCCGAAUCACCAGGACGACACCACCGCCAUCAAUCGCCGCGCGACUUCCCCGCAAGGCUUUAGCUCGCACCGCUGGAGAGGAUGAGUUUGGUGGCUAAUCCGCGACCUCAACAUGGCGUUUGAGGUAUCGUACAACCUCGAGAAUGAGCAGCAGUUCUGGGAUGAGCUCGACGACAUCGUCUCGACGCGCUGCCAGGAGCACGAGAGAAUAGACAACGCCCUGCGCUCAUACCUCAACGUCACCACCAACUACAAAUCCGAGUACCUCCAGACGGACUACAGCGUUGCAGAAUGCGUCUUCCGACUAAUCCAGGGGGAAUUAUUCAACGCCCACAAGGAAUACGUGCGGCGCCAGAUAAUAUACUGUCUUCUACAGGAGGACGAUAACCCCACGCUCCACAUGGUCGCGGCAUUCCUCCUUUUCGACGGCCGAAACAGCGGAAACGAUGCCACAUUCGAGAUGAUGAACGAAGAGGGCGUCUUUCCCCGGCUGGUUGAGCUGGUACAAUCGCCGAGCGUGCAGGAGGAUACCCGGCUGCAUCAAAUGCUUCUCGAGCUUAUGUACGAGUCCUCGCGUAUACAGCGGCUGAGAUGGGAGGACUUCAUGGCCAUAAACGAUGCGUUUGUUCUGUAUCUUUUAGAGAUCAUUGAAGGCGUCUCGGACGACGCUGACGACCCAUACCACUACCCUGUGAUUCGAGUUCUGCUGGUCCUGAACGAGCAAUACCUGGUAGCUUCCACGACUCAACAGCAUGACGGCCGCGCGAGCAUCACGAACCGAGUAAUCAAGGCGCUGUCUACGCAUGGCAUGACGUAUAAGACCUUCGGCUGUAAUUUGAUUCUUCUCCUGAACCGAGAGUCCGAGACUUCGCUUCAGCUCUUAAUCCUCAAGGCGCUCUAUCUUAUUUUCGGAAAUACCCAAACUGCGGAAUACUUCUACACCAACGACCUCCAUGUCCUCGUCGACGUCAUUCUUCGUAAUCUAAUCGACCUACCCUCGGAUUCUCCCGCGGCCAACGCCUUGCGACACACGUACCUCCGGGUCCUCUAUCCUAUCUUGACGAAUAGUCAGAUCAGCAAACCUCCACAUUACAAACGCGAGGACAUUGUCCGGCUUUUGCAUCUUCUUGUCACCAGCGGCAACCAUUUUGCACCCGUCGACGAAACAACGAAGCGUCUUGUAAACCGUUGCACGGCCGUGGAAUGGUUGCAGCCACUAGCGACGGAUGCGAAUGACGCGUCGGAGACGAACGGCCAUGGAAGUGCCACGCAGUCACCCAUCGAACACGCCAUAGGAAACGGUCAGAAAGAGCUUGCGCGACGGAUGCUUGGAAUGAGCGUAGACGGAGGCGGAGAAAGCGCUACGAGCGUUCUCGAGGUGGCCAGUCAUACUGCGCCAGCUGGGGUUCAGACGCCUAGCCGAGGGAGAGAGCUAGUACAAUGACACGAUUAGGUGUUGGAGUCAGCGCUCGAUCCGUUCCGACCGUGUCUUGCCCGCGCGUUAUGGCGGUUACUUGGAUCCUCGCGAUUUAGCAGGGGUCUUGGCAGGGUGCUUUCUUAAUAUCACUUCGAAUUUUUCAAGCGAGGUCAUCCGGAUUCUUUCAGCUGUACUUGUAUUUGCAUGGUCGGAGUUUUUGGACGAGUGGAGCGUUCUGUUGGUCGGAUGCUUGUUCUCAUGUCUCUGUGCUUCCCUCCAUUUCCAUAUAAUGCGAUUGCUUCAUCAGCAUACUGCUCACAUCGGCCGAAUGCUAUCUCUUUUCCUGAAGCCUUCAACUUCCAGCUUCACCUGCCACAUAGUAUUCACUCAAGCCAUUCCUCCACGAGCAAGAAAGAACUACCGCAGCAGCUGACUUUCCAGUGUAGUAGCU